GCAAAACCAUACCUGUGUGAUCCGGGGCCAGGGGCGGAUCGCAUGAAAUUAGCACGUAGCAUCCAGUCCAUCCUGCAAAUGCGCUGCUGAGUCUCCCAAUAAAUACUGUCCACACGUGUCCGCAUUCUGCCAGCGCGGUGCCUUCUUCAAUGUUCGAUCAGUUGACUAUAUUCUGCCGAUCCAACCCUGAUUAGGGCGUCACACAGAGUUGCAUUCUCGAUCGCGCUGCCCAAGUGUCGUUGUACGUGCAGCAAAGGCGGAACCUUCGCUCAAACCGGCCCCCCUCCAGUCGGCCUGUUGACAGCGUUCGACAGCUCGCCAAAAUGGACGAGAAUCUCGACGAGAACACCAUCCACGAGCUAGAGGAGGUCCUUCACACCAAGAUCUACCCAGGGACGGAGCUCAUGCAAGAUGUGGGAACUCACCAUUUCGUCAAGGGCAACAAUCGUGCCGUUCUUGUCCCUCAGCCAUCCGACGACCCCCGUGACCCCCUGAACUGGUCACCUUUCUGGAAGGGUGCGACGAUAUUCUGUGCCACAGCUGUCUCUUUCAGCCAGAAUCUCGGGCCCCUCGCCCUCGCACCCAUGUUCGGGAACUACAUUCAGUUGUACAACCGCAGCCUUGCAGAUGUGGUUCAGUUCACUGGCGUUGCCAUCCUUGUUCUGGGCUUUAGCAACUUCAUCUGGGUGCCCAUGAGCACCUGCUUUGGUAGACGCCCCGUCGCAAUCUUUUCCAUGGCGAUAUGUGUCAUUUCCUCCAUCUGGAGAGCGAGAGCCAAGGAUUAUAAUAGCUUCAUGGGUGCUUCGGUUCUUAACGGGAUAGGCGCUGGCCCUUGCGAGACUCUAAUGCCUCAAGUUAUUGCGGAUGUGAUUUUCUUGCACGAUCGUGGGAAGUAUCAGACACUUUACUUCAGCUUGUACUUCGGAUCUCUGAUGGUUGGGCCGAUCAUCAGUGGUGCGAUGGCUGAGCAUACCGGUGUGGAAAGCUUUUGGUGGUUCAACACAGGAAUGCUGUUAUUCACCCUGAUUGUCUGCAUCCUCUUAUUUCCAGAGACCCGCUACCACAGGGCUUGGGAGACAGGCGAUGCGCCGAAGCCGCCCCCCGUCAGGGACCCAAAGGCGGUUGUCGAAAAAACGAACGGCUCACUCCACGAGAAACAUAGUGGCACUGAUCAAGAAGAAGGUCUGGGAGCACAAGUAACCCAAGCAGAAACGCAACACAGUACAGCCACUGGCGGCAAGAUUGCUCCUACGGAAACACAUGUCGACCCGUGUCUAGGCCGAGGUAGCCCCGGGAAGAAGCAAUUCUUGCCGUUCCAGCCCUACCAGGGAAAUCUGUUCCGCGAACUCUGGCUGCCCUUCUACCUACACCUCUUCCCAAUUGUCGAGUACGCCGCGUUCGUCGUCUCAUGGAGUGCUUCUGGGUUCCUUGUCGUCAACCUGUCUCAGUCUCAAGCCUUCGCUGCUCCGCCGUACAACUUCUCGUCUCAGACUAUCGGUCUGUUCAACCUCGCAGUGCUUGUUGGUGGAAUGGUCGGACUCUUCACUUGUGGGCCUCUCAGCGACUGGGUGGCAGCUUAUUUGACCAAGAGAAAUAAUGGCAUCCGUGAGCCCGAGAUGAGACUCGUGGCCAUGAUUCCGUACAUCAUCAUCAUGAUCAUUGGCAGCAUCGUUACUUCUGUGGGCUACGACUAUCACUGGCAGUGGGAGGCUAUUGUUAUUGUGGGCUACAGCUUCCUGGGAUGCCAGGUCGCCGCCCUGCCAAGUAUCGCCUCGACAUACGCAAUUGAUAGUUACAAACCGGUGACGGGGUCGUUGUUCGUGACCAUCACGAUAAACAAGAACCUUUGGGGCUACGGCGUGUCAAAGUUCUUGACGCCAUGGGCAGAGGAGAAGGGUUUCAUCCCACCUAUCCUGACGAACAUGGCUCUCAUCACGUUCUUUUCCUGUUGCGGUAUAAUCUUCUGGUUCUUCGGCAAGAAGUUCCGGGGCAUUACGGCAAAUUCCUUUGUACACAAGCUUUAAUAGGCGACCUCUUUUCCAGGCCGCGGUAGGGGAAAAGGUACUGAGUUGGUGGUAGUUAGCAACUUGCUUGGGUGAUCGAUUGGGCUGGUAAAUUCCUAGGUACUCGCACGUAUGUGUGGAACUCGACUGCGAAAGUGCCGUCACGCAGGACAUGUAUAUUGAAGGGGUUGGCAGGGUCUAUGGGCACUCACUAAAAU